UAAUACAGGAUUUUAGGGCAAAGAAACCGGGAAAACAGUGCGCACGGGUCAACGAUUUCAUGGGUCUUUAUGGAUUAUUUUUUGGAUUUUUUUCCUGUAGAAAUCCAAGCACCACGUGAGAUGAGUGUGCAAUGAAAGUGUCCCGACACCGCGCGCUCUCUCGCAGUUCUCGAGAAACGGACACGCGUUUCCAUUCCUUCAUGUGAUCUGCAACUGUUUUAAUCCUUCCUGUGUUUUCUUUCUUUUUCUUUUCUCGUUUUUUUCUUUGGUUGACUUAUUUUUAUCGCUCAUUAUGGCUUGGCCGUGCAUCAGCAGAGUCUGUUGCCUGGCCCGGUUCUGGAACCAGUUCGAUAAAUCGGAUUUGUCCGUUCCGCUAACGAUUCAGAACUACUCGGACAUCGCGGAGCAGGAGGUGCGAUCCGUCGCCAAACUGGUUUCCACGGAACAAGCGCCGAGCGUCGAUUACUUAACAACGGAUCAGCGCGAUUCUCCCGCGGCGCGGGAUGCUGCCGGAGUCCGACGCCCGCACCGGGGACGGACGGAACCGAGUUACAAACCCCGGGAGGACUAUCAUCGCCCGGGUGUGCCUUUCCCGAGCGUGACCCAGUAUAAACAGGAUUACAAACCCUGGCCCAUCCCGAAGAAGGAUAACUUUCCCUGGAUCAGUAACGGAGGAAAGAGUGGCAUAAAGACGGAUAGCCCGGUAAACGGUUUCUCUAACGGCACGACGCGGCAGGAGCGGAGCGGCAGGCAGAGAGGCGGCGAUCAGAUCAGCUCAUACAGACAGGAGUACCAGCCUUGGUCUGGAGCUCUGCCAUCAAAGCCUGCCCACAAACGGCCCACCUUCUUGGGUACAGGCGCUGACAAUGCCCCGCCGGCAACCAGCUACCAGGCUGCUUUCAGCACGGACACACACAGACACACAGACGGUGUAUUGGAGACAAGCAUACACCCACAGCAGAGCAGUCGGACGGAGGUCAGCAAUAAACCAGAGAUGUUGAAGACCAAGCUGUCACCCAACCCCUCCGCCGUCUUUCAAAGCAAAUCCAGGAUCUUCAACAUAUGAUCCAUCAAUGAAGAGCGACGCACACACAUUCACGAGACAAGAAACCCAUUUGAAGGAAUGUUUAGAGACAAAUAAAUGUUGGUAAAUGUCUACUUGGAGAUCUUUUAAUGAAACUUGAAUGGAUAAGCAAGGAAAAGAACUAUUGCAACACAGCAACAGAUUCUCUAAAUCAUUCCACAAAGGACAUAACAGAUCUGGAAGAAUUUUGCUGGAAAUUUACACCACGUAAAAUCUAUGCAAGAGGAUGUAUGCUUAGAAUGUCAACCAUCUAUGAAAGCAUAUGUGUUUGGAAUACACAUCAGGGUUAAGACUUUUUGUGAGAGAAAGAAUGUGUAAAGGGGGCCUGGAAAAGUUUGUACCAAAAAUACGAUUGUGUUGACCUUGCCCUCUGAAUUAAUACUUGCAUGUUUCUAAUAGUUUUAUGAAUUGUUUAAAUAUGCAAUCAAUGUUUAACAACACAUAGAAAAAAGGAACAAAAAUGUAAUACGGUUACUCAGUGUGGGUAUGUGUGUACAGUACAAUCCUAGUAGUAAUACGUGAUGUUGUGUAUAAUAAUGUCGGUCUGCUCUUAUUGAUCUGUUCAUGUCUGCCUGAGAACACUGGAUGCUUCUAAUUGCUGUUUUCUCGCUCCAGAGCCUGCUGGCCAUUUAAAAAGACCUUACGUCUUCGUGAGCACUUUUACGAUUAUUUAUUUGACUUUCACUGAAUUGGGAUGAUGCUGAGGGGUGGGGUCCAAGUUUUUGUAAAUUAUGUUUAGAAAUCAACAAAAUGAAGAAAACACUUUAAAUAAAAAUGAUCUUUAAAUGUGUUUGUAUUGUUUGACUGACAGCUGAUGAAAUCAGACAUGUCACUCCCAUACGGAUAUUUUAAAAUACCAUAACAAAUCAGACAAACUGAUCUGCCUUAAAGGCAGAUUUUUAAUACAAGAAUAGUUGUUUUCUGAUACACAAUGUGAAGGACAAUGCAUCAGGAGAUAGUUUGGCUAGACAAGUGAAGGCUGCUCAUCUCACUUUAACACUGAAAGCAAAGGAAAAGAAAGUCAUUCUCUUUCAUACACAAACAGAAUAUCAUCCUUUGUCUCGAAAACAAGGUCAAACAGAAACCGCUGCUAACUUUUUAAAGACAAAUGACAUUUUAUACACAAGCAUUUUAGAAACCUGCCACCUCUUCUUACAAUGCCCCUAAAUCUUUUACA